UUCAUUUUGCUUCUACCAACAACCUUAGAACGCCAUUAGGACGAGGAAAACGCCAUGGUGAAAAGUUAUACCCGUUACGAGCCCUCAGGAUUCUUUGGGGUCGUCGCUUCAUCCGGGUGUAAUAUCAUAACGCAACCAUCUGAAUCGGCGAAAUCCGUAGGCAAAGCUAUUGUUGGAGGUCUUGAAAGCAUUUUAGAAUGGGAUUUGAAAACUGGACAAUUAUCUUCUAAGUGGAAGGAUACGGAUUGUCCUUUCAAUGUCUCGUGUCUCACAAAUCAUGGCGAUGUCUAUGCCGCUGGUUAUGAGGAUGGAUCUAUUCGUCUUUGGAAAGAGGGGGAAUUGCUCUUGACUUUGAACGGUCACAAGAGUGCUGUUUCUACUAUGGUUUUUGAUCAAACCGGUACUCGAUUGGCUAGUGGUAGCAAAGAUACAGAUAUCAUUUUGUGGGAUGUUGUGAAUGAAACUGGUUUAUAUAGACUUCGUGGUCACAAAGAUCAAGUGACGAAACUUAUUUUCUUAAGCCCUCGAGAAGUUAACGAAGAUGGAACCGCCGACGGUGUUGAAGAUGGUGCUACAACAAGUAUGGAAAUUGAUGCCACCAACGCGGACCAAUACUUACUAUCGUCCGGUAAGGAUUCAUUCUUGAAGCUUUGGGAUCUUUCAAUUCAGCAUUGUGUCGAGACACAUGUUAAUCAUCAGGGUGAAAUCUGGACAAUGUCUGUAUCUCCUGACGGGAAGCGCUGUUUAACUGCUAGCAGUGACGCAGAUGUCAAAGUUUGGGAAAUUUCUUUUCCUGCGGAUGGAAACAUUACCCCUACAACCAAAGUUUUGAAAUUAACAGGAAGUGUUCCCCGUCAAAGCCGAGACCGUCCACUUUCCCUUGACUUCCAUGAUUCUGGUCGAUUUGUAGUAUUUCAGGCCCAUGACCGUUUAAUUGAAAUUUUUCGUAUAAGGACUCCCUCUGAGAUGGAAAAGAUCAUGAAUCGCCGUCGUAGACGUAAAAAGACUGAUGAGGUUGAGCUAAGUACGAAGGAUGAGUUUGAACCUUUUGCAGUCGUUCGUGCUCCUUCUCGUGUUUCCUCGUUUUCCUGGAUCCCUCAUCGACGUAACCCUAUAUUCGUUGUUUCUCUUCAAAAUAAUUCUAUUGAGGUCCAUAACGUAAAUUCCAAGGCAGACGCUUCUACCCCUCUUACAGAACGAACAACACGUACGAAUUCCAUCGAAUUACCAGGUCAUCGUGCUGAUGUUAGAACCUUAGCCCUUUCCUCUAACUAUGAAAUGGUUUUAAGUGGUGCUAAUGGUUCAUUAAAAAUUUGGAACCAUAAAACAGGUUCUUGUAUUCGUACUUUUGACUGUGGUUACGUUUUAGCGGCUGCAUUUGUAAAUGCGGAUAAGCAAAUUCUCUCGGUCAAUAAAGCAGGAGAAAUUGAGUUAUUUGACGUCGCUAGUUCUUCUUUGUUGGAGCGUAUCCAAGCUCAUAAUGGCCCCAUCUGGGAUUUGGCUAUUGGACAUAAUGGAUCAUAUUUUGCUACAGCUUCUGCAGACAAAACACUGAAAUUAUGGUCAUUAAAACCUUCUUUUGAUUAUGCUCCUGGUACUUCUGUCAAAGUAUUCGCUUUGAGGGUUGAGCAAACUCGUCAAAUUGACUUUGCAGAUGACGUUCUCGCCACAACAAUAUCUCCAGAUGGUCGCCUUAUUACUGCGUCUUUACUUGAUAAUACAGUCAAAGUGUACUAUUUGGAUACCUUGAAAUUCUUCUUGAAUUUGUAUGGACACAAACUACCUGUUCUUUCAAUGGACAUUGCACACGAUUCUAAAUUAUUAGCUACCUGUAGUGCCGACAAAAAUGUUAAAUUAUGGGGGUUAGAUUUUGGUGAUUGCCAUAAAUCAAUUUUCGCUCAUCAGGAUUCUGUUAUGAAAGUUGCGUUUCAACCUGGCUCCCGAAAUUUUUUUACAUGCUCUAAGGAUAAGGAAGUUAGAUACUGGGAUGGUGACACUUUUGAUCUAAUUUUGAAGUUGCGCGGUCAUCAUUCUGAAGUUUGGUCAUUAGCUGUUGCUCCAACCUCGGUUUAUACAGGUUCACAUGAUCACUCUAUCCGUGUAUGGGCACAAUCUGAUGACCUAGUAUUUUUAGAAGAAGAACGAGAACGCGAACUCGAGGAACAGUAUGAAUCAACUUUGGUCUCCAGUUACAGUGCCGAAGAGAGAAACGAGGACGCAACAGAAGAUAAUGUUGCUACAGUGAAUAAACAAACUGUGGAAAGUUUAAAGGAUGGUGAAAAGAUACUCGAUGCAUUAGUGAUUGGUGCUAAAGAUUUGGACGAGGAAAUACAAUAUCGAAUCGAUAAACUUAGCAAUCCGAACAAAUCCAGAGUCCCGCGUAAUCCUAUUUUAGCUCACUUAAAUGUUUCAGCAGAAGAAUACGUAUUGAAUACCUUUAAGAAAGUUCGUACAAGUCAUCUGGAUGAUGCUCUGUUGGUACUUCCCUUUGACCAAGUCUUGUCCCUUUUUCGCUUUGUUGAUAUAUGGGCUAGCAAGAAGUGGUCUAUUCCUUUGAUUUCUAGAAUUAUUUUCUUUUUGUUGAAGACAUAUCAUCGUCAAUUAACAGCUACAAUAAAAAUGCGACCCCUACUUAAUAAUAUUCGCAACAGUCUUCGAGGUUCUUUAGUUGAAGAGCGAUCGCUUGUGGGCUACAAUCUUGCCGGUUUGACAUACUUAAGAAACGAGUGGGAUUUGAAUCACAAAACAUCUCUUGAGGAUGUUGAUAACUCGUUGCUGGGAGGUGAUGGUAAAAAACGUGCAUUUUCUAAUGUUGUCUGAGGUUCGUAAGAAUUAAAAAUAUGGAUUUAAGGUUGAAAUGAUGCUUAAUUUUGAUUACUAGUUAUAUAAAUGGGAAUUUUUGGUAUAUAUAUAUAUA